AUGUAUGGAGAUUUGGGCAUCAAGCUUGUCCAACAUGCCAAGCGGACUCAAAAGCUGGAGCAUCUCCCGGCAUAUCAGACCGAAACCGUACGCGCCGUGACUCGAGAAGUUCGAGAGCUGGACAAGGACGUAUCAAAUGUUCUCCAGUCCUUUGGUGGCUCAUUCGACCCAUCUGCCGAUCCCGCAACGGCCUGCACCCUGCUCGUCGACCACCUCUGUAUGCGCCGGAACAAGCGAUGUCUUCUCGCAUACCACCGCACGCGUACUGACAAGUUGGAGGAAAUGGUGUGGAAUGGUAGUGAUAUUAUCGACCUUGCCGCACAACCAGAGAGGGCUCUGGACGGACAGGGCGCUGGGCCUGAUUUAGGGAGCGGAGAGGGCAAUAGCAGCAGCCUAAGCCCGGAAGAGGUGGAAUAUGUGAGGCAGUAUAGUGAUCUGCUAGCUGCGUAUAAAGGCCAGUGGACCGAUAUAGAUUUGACUGGAAGCUUGGAACCCCCGCGCGAUUUGUUCAUCGACGUUCGAGUCCUGAAAGAUGCGGGCGAGAUACAAACAGAAUAUGGAACAAUAAAUCUUACGAUGAAUUCCCAAUUCUAUGUGCGCCAGGGAGAUGUCGAACGUCUUAUUGCGCAGGGAUAUUUGCAGAAGCUUAGCUGA